GACGACCUCCCACCGCUGCCGGCAUCAUUUCUGAAUCUCUAUUCGUCCAGCGUCCGCGUCAGCAAUACUGACGAUCCGUCUUUGCACCACGGCCGCAAACGCGUCGUCAAGCAUGUCGAGGGAAAUUGGCCCACCCAUGUCUAUCUAGAAUGGCUGCCAUCCCCAGCUGAACAUGACACACUGAACAGGCUGCUCAAAGCCUUGCCAGACUCGUCAAACGUGCACUCUCUACUGCAGACACCACUGCAAGUUCCGUUACCUUUGCACAUCUCAUUAAGUGCGCCAUUAGUAUUGCGUACCGAGAACAAAGACUCUUUCCUCGACACCAUCACCCAGGGCUUGACUUCAGUGAUUCGCUCGCUACGACAUCCAAUUACAGUACGCCCUGCAUCACUCUCAUGGCACGCCAACGACGACCAAAGUCGCUACUUUCUAGUCCUCCGCGUGCAAGACUCCCAACAAACAGACCCCAGCGCCCUAACCCUACUAAACCAACUCCUCAGCGCCAGCAACAAAGCAGCACUCCAAUACAGCCAACCCCAACUCUACUCAAAACUCAAACGCCAAGCAGGGAGUUCCGACUUUUCACCAUACUUUCACAUCAGCAUCGCUUGGUCAUUGCCAUCGCCGGAUUGUAACUUGCAAGACGACGACCUCACAUCGCAACCAGCUGUCGAUGCUAUCCUCGAGCAGCUGUGUGAGGAUAUGGUCGUGUCUUUUGAUGCGGUCAAGAUUCGCAUAGGGCAGAUCGUCACUGCUCUACCAAUUGGAAGCAAGCAACCGCAG